AUGUCGGUGGAAUCUUUAAUCCCCCGUCAUGAAGGUCAUGACCAUAGCGGACCUCAUUACGCAAACAUCAAAUACGGCUACAUUGCACUGGCCACAGCCUCCAGUCUACUAUUACUGGCCACUGCACGUACACUUGUGGCCAAAAUUGUUUCUUCAAAAUCAGCAAGCCGAUCAAGACAAGGCCGUCAAAAAAAAUCCGGGUCAAGGUUACUAUUACUAUUACUUGAAGGUCGAGUACCCUUACCUGUGGUAGUUAUGUUUUGGGGGUUUUUCAUGAUUCUUUUCUGUACAGUGGGGCUGCCAGAGUUUACAGCUAAAAAACUGGCAAAACGUGCAGGCCGUAUCACCUACUCAAUGGUACCUGUCAUUCUCUUACUGGCACUAAGAGUCCCAGGGAACUCAGUCAUUAUCACAUCUUACCUCGACACUUUGAGAUUGCACAAGUGGAUUGCCCGUGUGGUAUUGGUAUCAGCUGCUGUACAUGUAGUUAUAUACCUGGCGGUGUAUAUUUCGACGGGACGCACAGACAAGAUUAAAAAAAAGGAUAAUCUGCUUGGGUUGGUUGCAGCGAUUCUGAUGGCAGUUGUUGGGAUCACGUCGCUUAAGCCGGUGCGUCGGCGCGUGUACCGAGUGUUUUAUUUUAUACAUUAUCCUGCAGCAUGGGCUAUUGUUAUAUUAAUUAUUUUCCAUGCAAGGCCUGGAGUUUUGGUUUUAGCAAUUAUGAGUUUAUCUGUUCUUUUCGUGGAAGCGUUAAUUCGUAUUUGGGCCACCAAGGUUGUCAAGGCAGUUUCAGUUACUAGACUCUCACCUACCUUAAGUGUUAUUGUAUUACCACGAAGAGUGCUUCCUAAUGACUUUGCUCCUGCAUCUCAUCUGAGGUUAGGCUUGCAUCCAUAUACCAUUGCAUCGUUGCCGUCAGACCCUGAGGUGCGGUUACUAGUGCGUGAUCUUUCGCAUCCGAUUCUGCCGGAUGGUCCUGCAGCCACAGAAACAUGGCUUGCGGUCAAUGGCCCGUAUAUGCCAUCUGGACGGGCGUCGCAGUUAGUUCGUGAGGCGCGGAAGGCUCUGAUAUUUGCAGGUGGAUCUGGGUUAUCAUUUGCUGCUGGAGUUGCAAGGGCGUUGGAGAUGCGGGGGGCCCAGGUACGGGUUAUUUGGAUGGUUAGACGGCGGGAUGAAAUUACGGCUUUGGGGUUGUUGGAAGUGACGUGUGCAGAGGUUUAUGUAACAAGUAAUGGGGGAGGUAAUAAGAGGACUGGAGGAGGAGAAGAAGAAGAAGAAGAAAGGUCUGAGGAUCCAUUUGAUGAUGAGUUUGAAUUGGAGGAAUUGUUGGAUGAUGAUGAAGAUGAUGAAGAUGUUAACAUGACAGUUGUUGGAUCGACAUUGACGAAUGGAUCAGGAGAAGAAGAGGGUACGCUUGUGAGUGGUGGAGGUCCUAAAGGUGUUAGAAUUCAUAAGGGUCGGCCUGAUUUCCGGUUAGUUGCAAAGGAAUUUUUCCAUUUAGAAGGGGAAGAAGAAGAAGAAGAAAGUGCUGGUGGUGUUGGUGGUGUUGGUGGGUGUUGGGUGUGUGCUUGUGGUCCAGCGGGGCUUGUUUCUCAGGCUAAACGAUGGGCUGGGACAUAUUAUGAUGGGGUUGAGUUUGUAGGAGAAGAAUAUGUAUUAUGA